UUUAGCUUGCACAGAGACACUGACGGCAAGAGAAGGAGACCCGCCUUCAGCUUUGCCCAAACAGGUCAAAGCACCUGCUCUGCUGCCCCCAUCUAACAUUAGUGCAGAUUCCAAUGUGCCAAAGCAGGAGUACAUGGACAUCUCUGGAAAGACUCAUGUCCCAGCAUCCCCUCAGAGUGUGCGCCCAUGCCAGCCUUGUGUGGGCAGCACUGUGUACCCCCAGAGACCCCGGACACUGAGUCGAAGCUCUAGCAGCAUUACUGCAGGCUCUGGGAGCUUCGACACACUGUUCGAGAAGACCAAAGGCACAAUGGGAGGUGGCUGUGUGCAGCCUCUACAAUCAUCUAACUCCAAAGUACAGAAGAGAAAGAGAUUGUCCAAGAGCUAUUCCCAGGGCUCGGUUGACUCCUGUUCUGCCUGCUGGUCAUCGAGCAGCAAAGACUGUCGGAAGGCCUACACUGAGCCAAAGCCCGACACCAGAGCCUGGAGGUGCCGAGGACCCUUCAGCUACUGCUUCUUCAAAAACAGUGACACUGCAGAUGAAGACGAAGAUGAUGCCGAGAGACUUAGUCAGCUUGGUCCCUCAGAGUCACCCUCAGUGACCCCAAGAACGACGCGGCUGCUGUCCAUAGGCAUUGCUCAGUGGGAAACAGACAAUGCUGCACCGGAGGACACUAACACUCUGGAGGCCCACAGAGGCCAGCAUCACGUAAAUACCAAACUGAGGGAUAUGAGCUUCAGUUCCAGGCUGGCAUGCCUUGACACACUUAAGGGAAGGAGCUAUAACUUCCCCGCCAGCUUCUCAGCUGCACGGAGGGACGCGAACGAGCUCAUCGCUCUGGUUCGGUCUGGCUUGGGCAAUGAGGAGGGCUUCCAGUCAAGUGUCCCUUGGGCCAGCCUCAGCCAAUACCACCAGCUGCUCUCCAUCGAGGCGAAAAAGCUGAGCAGUGCUUGCAGAAAGGUGGCAUUGGUCCACAAGAGUCCAGAGGAGAUGCUCCAGGCCAUGGCGUGUAGCUUCCAGGUGCUUUGCUGCUUGACUGAAGCUUGCAUGUGCCUGGCAAGGGGGAUGAGCACCAGGAGCCAGCAGACAGAAGUGCUGGCGAAAGUAGAUGAAGUUGUAUCAAACUAUAUUUGCUUGCUAAAAGCUGCUGAAGCUGCUUCUGCCAGCUCUGCUACCGAGCACAGCAUUAAAACACUUGCACGGCACUCCACCACCAUGUCUGCUCUCGUAUACGCACUAACACGUUCGAUCAAAACACUUAUUAAGUAAACUCUCUUUUUAAUGUAAUUUUGCUAAGCCAUACAUGAAGCUAUGGGUUUAUACGACCCUCACAUUGUGACA